AAACGACAUUAACGAAGGAGAACGAAGGCUUCUUCGCUCAAAGAGUUGGCGAAAUUGAUCUACAGGCAGAUUGUUUGUUUGAUAUAAUUUUUCGCAAUUUGCUAAUUCGUUCACAACCGCCGAAGAAUUUCGUCCAAUCAAAUGCCCGGGAUCUGCUGUUCUCGUUCCGCUACACAGGUUGUGGUAGCACAAAAAUCUCACUCGGGUAAAGGAAAAAACAAUGAAGGAGGAAUCAAGUUUGGAUUUAGUUUAGUAAAGGGGAAAUCGAAGCGUUCAAUGGAGGAUUAUCAUGUCGCUAAGUUUAUCAAUGUCAAAGGCAAUGAAUUGGGGCUAUUUGCAAUCUUUGAUGGUCAUAAAGGUGAUGAAGUAGCUGCAUAUUUGCAGAAACAUCUCUUCUCAAAUAUCCUAAACGAUGGAGAGUUCUUGGUUGAUCCUCGAAGAACAAUUGCAAAAGCUUAUGAGAAUACAGACCAAACGAUUCUAUCAGAUAAUAGUUCGGAUUUAGGGAGUGGCGGUUCAACUGCCGUGACUGCGAUUUUGAUCAAUGGAGAAACUCUGUGGAUAGCUAAUGUUGGCGAUUCACGAGCAAUUGUGUCUCGUCGAGGUAAAGCAAAGCAGAUAAGUGUAGAUCAUGAUCCCGAUACUGAUACUGAAAGGAAUUUGAUUGAGAGUAAAGGUGGAUUUGUAACCAACAGGCCAGGAGAUGUUUCUAGAGUGAAUGGUUUACUAGCUGUGUCGCGUGUCUUUGGAGACAAAAACCUCAAAGCUUACUUGAAUACAGAGCCUGACAUUAAGGAUGUCACAGUUGAUAGUCACACAGAUAUUCUUAUUCUGGCUAGUGACGGUAUUUCCAAGGUAAUGUCAAACCAAGAAGCUGUUGACAUAGCUAAGAAGUUGAGAGAUCCAAAGGAAGCGGCAAAGAAACUAGUUACUGAAGCAUUGAAAAGAAACAGUAAAGAUGACAUAUCUUGCAUUGUUGUCCGGUUUAAAUGAUAACCAAGAUAAAUGAUUCUUUUUGGUCCCGUUCAGUGUGAUCUGGUUCUUGGUUACAUCUGCAUUUUCAAGAGUAGGAGUUUUAUAGGAUUUAUUUAAACUAGUUUGACAAGCCAAAUGAUUUAUUAUAUAAAAUACUUCACAAAUUACAAGAACAUUUGAUUGUAAGUUUAAUGGAUCGAUUGAUGUUAUUUUAAAGUGAAAGCUAUCUUUCUUGA